AUGAUGCUCAGCAGACUCGGACUAGGACUCCCCAAAACUUCCGCUACAGCUGCAAUCAGGAUCGGGAACCGCAACAUCAAUUCAGCUCUCUUCUCUCAAUCUGUACGUGCUAACACUUUCAAUGCCAUCAAAUUGCAAUCUGGUAGAUACUUUUCCCAUUCUCGUUAUCUCCAGAACACCACCAAAAGCAGCAAGGACGAGCAAGAUAACAGUCUGUUAGUCAAACAAAGAGGAAAUAGACCAAUCUCACCUCAUCUAACCAUCUACCAACCGCAAUUGACAUGGUAUUUGUCCACCUGUCAUCGUAUCUCUCUUGUCUUUAUGGGGUUCGGAUUUUAUCUCAUCACCAUCCUCUUUGGUGCAGCAGGUUUAUUAGGAUUCUCGGAUUUUAACUCUAACAAACUCAUCGACUGGUACCAUACAAAGAUCUCUACACCAACUAAAUGGGCAAUCAAGGGUUCAUUUGCCUAUUUGUUUACUUUACAUUACGGUCUAGCUAUAAGACAUCUCGUUUGGGAUAUGGCAAAGGAAUUGUCCUUGAAGGGAGUAUACAGAACAGGUUACGGAGCCAUGGCCUUUGCUGCUCUAGCAGGCACUUAUUUAUUGAGUUUGUAA